GCUCUUUCAGUGCGCUCCUCUGACGCAAACAGCGCGCUCUCAUCACACCCUCGAGGUUUGCGCCCAGCUGGAAUUUGCCCCUGAACUUAAAACCAAAGCGCUAUAUAAAAAAACUAAAAAAUAAGGAAACUUUUUGAACAAGCUACGGGAAUACACGCUUCUAUGAGUUCGGGAGCCAUGAGGAUGUUCAGUGUGGUGGCUCUGCUGCUUCACGCACUUGUUCUGUCAAGAUCUGCGAGCGGUGCUGCAGUGGACAGAUAUGAAGGGGACAGACAGAGAAACACAGCAGUCAUCAACUUGUUAGCAACGACUCAAGACAAAAGACCGGAGCAGGGCGCAGAUGAGGGCACAACCACUGGAGACUACACUCAAGAGGAGGAAGACUACGAGGAUGAAUACUACGAUGAAGAGUACGAGGAUGGGCUCUCGGGGGAUUAUGAAUGGCCACGAGUCGCGAUGUCGAGCAAACCAAAUGAUCCUUCAGUCGUUUUGGAGGCUGAAAGAACAGAAGGCGCCAGAAGGAAAGGGAAGGGGAGAAAGAAGGUGAAAGGCAAAGGGAAAAAGAGAAAUCCCUGUUUGAAGAAGUACAAGGAUUUCUGCAUUCACGGCACCUGUCAGUAUCUGAGGGACAUCCGCGCCCCGUCCUGUGUGUGCCACCAGUGGUACUCUGGGGAGAGGUGCCAGUUUUUUACACUGCCAGUCGAGAAACCGCAAGAAGGCUACAGCCGGACAACUGCGCUGGCUGUGAUCGCGGUGGUGUUGUCAUCUGUCUGCCUCACUAUAAUUGGACUUUUAUUAAUGCUAAGGUUUCAUAAGCGAGGAGCAUACGAUGUGGAAAGUGAAGAGAAAGUGAAAUUAGGGUUAUCGUCCAACCAUUGAAGAGAUGGACACAGGUAAAAGAUGCAGAAAUUCUACCUCAGUAUAGAAACGUGAACCACAAGAAGGGGUCCUACCAAAAAGGGAAUAUACUGUUCAAGAAAGGAGUAGCCUGAAUCCCAUCACCGGAGCCGGGCUGACCGCUUUCAAAUCAGUCCCACUUCCCACAUGGCCCCGAGGUUAAGGUGGCUUUCCUAAAAACUGGAAUACCUGGAAAAAGGACUGGUCCUAAAGAUGGACUGGAGUAAAGCGUAUGGUGUUGGUGAUGAAGAGGAGGAAGAAGAGGAUGUCUCUAGACUGUGCUGUGCUGCUUCUCAGCGUCGUAAACAGAAGACUGAACCGAACAGUGUGAAAUGUAAACAGUGCAUUUUGUCUCCAUUGACAGACAGUGUUUUAUAUAUUUUUCCUGCACAAAUCCAACCAUUUUAUGUAAUAUUUUUAUGUUAGUAAAAAACAGUAUAUUUAUAAGUUUAAUUUAUUUAUUUAAGUGUAUUUAUGUAGAUUUUUAACCACCGUCAGCUGUUUUUUUAAAAAAAGGAAAAACAAAUGUUACAGUUUUGUGUUACGUAUAAAAAGAUAUUUAUUUAUUAGUAAUACAUGGAAAGAAACUCCUGUUUGUGGAGCUCUAAUCGAAAAUAAUCUUUUUUUUUUCUUUUUUUAUAGAAGAUUGAUAGCACUGCUAAAAUAAAUUCAAACGUAAUAAUACAUGUGAUUGGUCAGGGUAAUUUUUAUGCCUACAGUAAUUAUCUGUAAUGGCAGUGGGACGUCUCACUGAGUGAUGCACUUCAAUAUAAAAAAACAUAUUUAUCGACUGCUCACUCUGCGAUAUUAUGAACUGUACAGUGCACUGGCCUUUUGUUUGACUUUAUGUCCAAUAUUCUUACAUUCACUGUCUGCAUCGCUAACAAACUGUUCAGAGGAGCGUCAGAGAGAAAGUUGAAGCCAAACCACUGUAGCAAGAAAAUAGUCAACGAACGAUAUUGUACUGUUUUCAUUGUCUUACUGUUGUUAAAGCAGAACUGCCCUCAGCGUUGGUCACUCCACGCUGAGAUCUUUGUUAAGCUGUUAAGCGUAUAAUGUGAAUUCUGUACCACCCAUUCAAAACCAGUACUGGAGUUUUGACGUGAUUUCUAUUUAUGUGAUUUUUUUUCAGAUCAAAAUAAAAAGUUGCAAAAAAAAAAAAAAA